CAACCACCCGGUUGCUAGGUGUUUUAGCGUCCUAACUGUGUACGGUUGCUAGCUAAUGGCUGGCUAACUAACGUCAGCUUAAGUGAAGCCCAAAAGCUUUGGCUAAAAUGGAUUAUAUAAGUUUCAGUUGUGGAUGAGCACGUUGAAAGCAACAUAAGCCUGUAGCCGAGGGAAAAUAUGUGCGAAUAAGGCUCUGCAGAAUGCUGGCUGGAGGUAUAAACGUUAUUUAAUGAGAACAGAAGUAUUUUCUGUCGGUAGGUGUUUUAAAGGUUUUGGGCACUCACAUGAGUUCAAGGGAGGCAGCCAAGAUGGGGGACAUCUUGGCAACUGAAGCCGAUCUUCUUGGGAUGGUCAAGGAGUAUCUUAAGUUCGAGGACUUUGAAGAGACUGGUCACGUUUUCGACAAGGAGUGCAAAAACAAAGGCAAGCUCGUCUCAAAGCCUCAAGGAAGUAUUCUGAGGGACUCAAAGACUCGUGUCAUUCAGAAAGACCUCAUUAGCUCUUUUGAUGAUGGAGACCACAAAGUCUUCUUUGAACUGUGGACAGACAAUAUUCCCUCAGAGGUAAAAGAUACAGACCCCGAGGCCCAGAGCCUGGAGUUCUACCUUCACAUCCACUUCACCAUCUACCCACUGAGGAGACACCCUGGUAGACACGACCGAGCUGAGUUUGAGGAGAGGAUUUCCCACUUCAAGCAGUACCUGGAGACUCGAGGAGCAGCGCUGAGCCAAACCACAAAGUUUCUGCCUUAUUAUGCGUUGCCUUUCGUUCCCAACCCCACCGUCCAUCCCUCUUUCAAAGAUCUUUUCCAGGAUUCCUGGAUACCGCAGUUGAAGGAUAAGCUGGAGCAGUUUCUGUCAGUGACAUUGAGGCCGUCCAACACCCCAAGGCUUCUGAAUUUAUAUAAGGAGGGAGGAAGGAGUACUAAAGAGGCCAUGCAACAGCUACAGCUCCAACUGGCUGAAUCCGACCGCCGCAUCGCUAGCUACGUGCGAAAGUUCAACAAGAUGCAGGCCGACUACCACAACCUGAUUGGAAUCACUGCUGAGCUGGUCGACUCAUUGGAGGCCACCGUCAGCGGAAAAAUGCUCAAGGGGCCUACGGUGUUUUUGCAGAUCUCCCCUGAGUACCUGCAGAGUGUGUGUGUUCGCCUGUUCAGCAGCCAGAUGAGGCAGAGCGUGGUGCAGAGCACCGACUUCACGAGACCUGGCACUGGAUAUUACUCUAUGAGUCCCUAUGAUGAUGGCUAUACUGCAGGCAUUGCCCCCCCUGUCACCACUCCUUAUGGGAUAUCUGUCUUCUUUUUAAAGGCAUCGUCGAUGCUACGAGCAUCCAUCGCACCGCAAAGAUCUAAGGAGGUGCCAAUGCUACCCUCACUGGAUUAUGAAAAGCUGAAGAAAGACCUGUUUGAAGGCCCAGAUAGACUCAGAUCCCUGCUGCUUCAGGCGCUACGCUGGAGACUGACUCGUUCACUCCCUGGUGAACAGAGAGACACUGUGCUUCAGGCGUAUAUCAGUAACGAUCUGCUGGAGCGCUACAGCACUAAACAGAAAACCGUGCUUGAUUUAUUGAGAUCGAAGAACGAGAUUGUCCGCCAGUACAUGGCUCGUCUCAUCAAUGCAUUCGCUUCCCUUGCAGAGGGUCGGGUUUAUCUCUCCCAAAUCCCCAUUCUUCUGAAACUUCUGACAGAGGCACUCAGGAAGGAGGAAAAUGACUCCCUCACUAGAGAGAAUGUGCUAGUGGCCCUGCAGAAACUCAGCCUCAGGAGAAGCCAGCAGACUGCCAUGAUAGCAGAUGAUCUGAUUGGCUGGCUGGUGGAUGAGCUUCAGGAUUCAGACUGCCUGGGUGACUACGCCCUGGAGUACUCUGCAGCUCUGCUCAUGAACCUGUGUCUGCGAACAAAAGGAAAAAGGAAGUGCGCAGAGAACGCCAAGCAUGUGCUAAAGGUUCUAACUGACCUCCUUGGACAUGAGAACCAUGAGAUUCGACCGUAUGUGAAUGGAGCCCUGUACAGUAUCCUGUGUAUUCCCUCUGUGAGACAGGAAGCCAAAGAGAUGAGUGUAGAGGAGAUUCUCCGCUGCUACAGCAAGGAGGAGAACCCAGACCUCAACAGACAAAUUGAGUUCAUCAUUAAACAGCUUAACUCAGCUGAAGAAGAGGGGCCAGAGUCAGACGAUGAAGAAGAGGAGGACGACAAUGAUGAAGAUUUAAUGGAGACAGACCUUGAUACAGAGGAAGUUCUCCAACCACAGCCCAGGGAACUGUCUGGGGAAAGUCUGCUCACCACUGAGUACCUGGGAAUUAUGACCAACAUGGCAAAAGUGAAGAGGAAGUCAACCCCUCUGCCUCAACCAAGUGUCGAUGAACCCUUACAACGGCCAGUCACACCAAGUUCUCAUCGUAAUGUCAACGCACCGGAUUAUCGAUCCGGCAGUCAGGGGGGGGAGGGUAGCAGGGACAGAGAAUAUCCUCUGAGCAGACAGAAGAGCGAGGAAGGGAGCCUGCCUCCUUCACGACACAACUCCCGACCUCCUACACGCUCCGGCAGUUGCCCCAGUACUGCUGACUCCCUACGUCACAGCAUCGAUUCAGAGUGUGGCCGGUUGUCCCAGGAGUCAGAGUUGGACAGGCCAUAUGAAGGGGGAGCCAGAAAAGCACAGUCCCAGGAGGAACACAAUGGACAGUCUGCCAGCGGUGAUUACAUCCCUGCAUUUGCAAGCCAGCCCAAGAUUCCCCGUACACCUGACACAGCAGCCAGCCAGAACAGUGCUCACCGGGGUCGAGGCCCGACUUUGGCACCCCAGUUUUCCCAUUCGGAGCCACAGCAGAGCAGCCGGCCAGGCUCUGCCAGCUCCGCAGGAGGAGGGGGACGACAAAGUGGAGGCAGCCAGUCAAAGAGGAGGUGAAGAGGGGGCUGUCACCAUGGAGUAGCACUAUCUCCCCGGGUGCAUCAGGCUUCCUGUAACUUCAUCCCCCCAGGUUGUGAUCGGGGUCAGGGCAACAGAGAUGGUCGAGGAUCAGCGGCAGGAGGAGGAGGAGGAGGGGCUUGAACAAUGUGGAGGAUUGUGGCUCUGCAUUUCCCCCCCCCCCCUCUUCUGCUUCAGCACAGACUUCUUCUGUAACCUGAUAUGAGGUCAGAUGAUAAUCACAACCCCCCAGGUGAUAGUUUUAGGCACACCUAAAUUUGUGCGACAUCCUCCAACCAUGACAAAAUUCUUGCGUAAGGAGAUGCAGAGAGUAUAGCUCUGAGUUGGGGCAGUACACUGGGGCAGAAAAUAUUUGAGCACCUUUCUAUAUCUGCUUACUGGCCUUCUGACAUAAGCACAUUCCUUUCCAUUUUCUUCACAUCAGCAGGGAUAAACAGAGUCCCAGAGAUGGAGAUGAUCUUUUUCUUGAUGAAUCCUCAAUAUCUGCGCUUAAGUCUGAAUACAAGCGGAAGUGUUCAGACUUGAGCACAGUAUUGUUUUAGCUGGUAACUCCAUGUAAACUCUGGAUUACUGGUUAAGGAAACCUGACAUGACUAGGCAUAGAGAUAAAAUGUUCAAUAACCUUUCUGUAAUUACCACACAUUUGAUUCAUUUAAAAAUUAAGUAAGGUAAGGACCUUUUAUUGUACAGAUAUAAAAAAAAAAAAAAAAAAAAGAGUUAUACAAAAGCUCUUAUGCAAAGUUCUCAUCCUGAUUCUACAAAUCUAUAACCUUCUGAAUUUCAGUACAUACUGUAUAUAUUGAUUUUUGACUUGGGUGAAAAUAUCCGUCCACAUAAAUAAAUAAUUGCACCAGCUUUACUUCGAAUAUAAAACAUUAUCUCAUAUGUGAGGAGCUGCUCAUUUUUAUCUUAUGCUCCAUGAAAUGUUUACAAGAAAGACACACGGUUUGACAUGAACUGUCAGGCUAGCACACAAAAAAUAUUCCUUAUUACUGUUAUAUACAAUACCAUCCGUACGACUUGAAUUUGUGUGAACGUCUUAAAUUCAUUGCAUUGUACAUUUGCACUGUUUCUCCUGUGUUGUGAUGUACAGUAUAUUUAUGUGAACUGCUACAGUUUUGUUGAAAUGGAGUUUGAUAGUAAUUGAUUUUGAUACUUUUUAAGUGGUUUUAAAUAAAUGUGUCACAUGUCA